AUGGUUACUUCCACAACCUCCACAGCUCCCACAGUGGAGGUCAGUGCAAACGGGAUAAGCGGCCUUACGGAUCCUGGUAAAAAGAGUCAACACUCUCAUUCUUGCUCGGAAAGCGGCGGCAAGGACAACCUCGUCAACGAUACGUCGAUUGUUCACUAUGAUGAUGAAUAUGAAAGGCUCAAUUCUGACUAUUCAGUAGCUUGGAACAAGGCCAUGAGAAAAGGCACAUACAGGGAUUCGCCUCAAUACAAAAAUGUUUUCGCAUUAAUGAUCUCUUGGGAAUCCAAGCAUGACGACUUACAUGUGAAGCAAGAAGUGGACACUUUAAGUGCGGUUCUCCGAGACACAUUUGGCUAUAAGAUUAUCCCUGCACUCCUGGGAUAUAACGGCAAGCGAGCUCAGGCGCAGGUGAACCAUUUGGUUGCCGAAUUCGUGUGGGAGCACGAUGGCCCAGAUAACCUCCUGAUUGUCUACUUUGCCGGUCACGGGACACCUGGAAGUGUUUUUGGCCAUCUGGAACUUGCAGGGAAAAGUGGGUUCGCGGACUCACGCGACAACCUGGAUAGGAUCGUUUGGAACAAGACGGAAAUAUGUUUGCAAGGUGCCGAGGCGGACGUUCUUGAGAUCUUUGACUGCUGUUAUGCAGGGGAUCUAGGUCCACCUCGUGGGUGCCCUCGUGCCUUCGAGUAUCUCGCGGCCACGUCUUCCGGCGAAACAACGAGAAAACCCGGCAAACACUCCUUCACAACCGCUUUGAUAUGGGCCCUAAGAACCCUUUGCGAAGAACGCGGCCAGUUCACAACGACGGAUCUCCUGAACACCAUCAAAAAGAGAGCCCCUGACUUUCCAAAAGAUCAAAGUCCAGUGCUUUCAGAUCGAAAUAGAGGCUCCCCCCGAGAGCGCAUCUUUCUGCAGCCUCUUCAGCAGAAUGUUACCGAAAGUCGUCGUCCUGAACCUCGUCCUAAUCAGCCCAGCCCGCCAAAGCCCCAAGAGAUCCUCAGUCUAAACCUCUUUUUUGAUGCUCGUCCAUCGAUUUCCCAGAUAGAGGGUUUGGGUAUUGGUCUCAACAAAGUGGUAGAAGACAAUGACCUACAGAUCAGUCGCAUUGUAUGGGGCGGGCUCGACUCAAGACCCCAUAUGGCUCUCGUUGUGGCCAAGCGCUGGAGGAAGGCAGUGCAGCAGCGUUUUGCAAAAGCAACCUCGCCUGUAUCCGGUGGCCCAACCAUAGAGGCAAUCGUUCGCAGAGAGAUGCAACACCAAAAGGAAGAAGGUAAUGCUUCUUCCUAUGGUGUCCAAUACCUUACCAAGAUGCUCUUCUGGAGCUUACUGGCAAUAUUUGCAUCGAUUGGUACUUCUGCCCAGGAUAGAGCAAGAAAGUGGUCUCCGAUGGGCAGACUAUAG